AUGGCACGCCAAUCGCCUCGCAAGUCUCUAUCGAAGCAGGUCAUCGUAGAGAAAGUCAAAGUCGAACCCGCUCCAAGCCCAAAAAAAGGCAACAGCGUCCUGGCCAAGACCAAGGUGGCCGUCACAAAAGCAAAGGUCCAGAUCCAGAAGACCGCUGCCGGCAGGAAACGGAAGGCAGCUGAGGCCGAGGACCACGAGUGCGACAGCCACGGUGAAGAAGACGAGGACGUGAAGCCGAAGGCACCGGCUCCCAAGAAGCAGCGCAAGAGCAAGGCCGCCAAGGAGGAAGACAUGGCGCCACUCGCAUCCCGCACCGCGGUCACUUCGCUGAAGAGGGCGAUGUAUAUCGGGGCGCACGUCAGCGGUGCGGGCGGCGUGCAAAACGCCGUCUCGAACGCUGUGCAGAUCGGCGCCAACGCCUUUGCGCUGUUCCUCAAGUCCCAGCGUAAAUGGGAGUCCCCGCCGCUGGCCGAUGAGGCCCGCGAUGCCUUUCACCAGAAGAUCAAGGAGCAGAAUUACGCGGCUGGGCUGCACGUCCUGCCCCACGGCUCAUACCUGGUCAACCUGGCGCAGAAGGACGCCGACAAGGCCGCACAGGCUUUCAACAACUUCGUCGACGAUCUGAAAAGAUGUGAGGCUCUGGGAAUCCGUCUUUACAACUUCCAUCCCGGCUCGACGGGCGGCGAGCCGCGGCCCCAAGCCAUCGGUCGUAUUUCCGCUCAGCUGAACAAGUCACACAAGGAGACAAAGACAGUCAUCACGCUUGUUGAGAACAUGUGCGGCAGCGGCAAUGUCAUUGGAUCUCGCUUCGAGGAGCUCCGAGACAUCAUCGCCGGAGUGGAAGACAAGUCCCGCGUAGGCGUAUGUAUCGACACCUGCCAUGCGUUUGCCGCGGGCUACGACCUGCGCAGCCCCGAGGCAUUUGCGGCCACGAUGGCCGAGUUCGACAAAGUCGUGGGGAUUAAGUACCUCAAGGCGUUCCAUCUAAACGACAGCAAGGCACCCCUCGCAUCUCACCGUGACCUACAUGCGAACAUCGGCACAGGCUUUCUAGGCCUUAGGGCCUUCCACAACAUCAUGAACUAUGAGCCUCUCCAGAACCUACCAAUGGUGCUAGAGACCCCUAUCGACAGAAAAGGCCCCGAUGGCAAGGUCAUCGAGGACAGGCAGAUCUGGGCGGAUGAGAUCAAGCUCCUCGAGAGCCUCAUCGGGGCUGAUGCCGAGAGCGCGGACUUCAAGGCAAAAGAGAAGUCCCUUCAGGAAAAGGGGGCUGCUGAGAGGACCAAGCUCCAAGACCAGGUCGACAGAAAGGCGGAGAAGGAUGCAAAGAAGGCUGCCCCCAAGAAACGAAAGGGCAAGAAGAAGGCCGAGUCAGAUGAAGAGGACAGCGAUUGA